GUCUGUAUUCUGUGUUUCCUAGCUACAUAACCUAAAACUUCCCAUUUCCACAAACGAACUGGGAAAAUUGAUGAAAACUGUGAGAUAAAUUGUAUUCUCAUUCUUACUUCAUGAACUAUUUUCGGAUUUGAUUGUGAAAGAAAAGCCAAUUUUUUCCAAUCACAAUGACUACCUCAAGUGAAGAUGUUCUUCUACAAAUUCCACAAGUUCGUUUCAAAAAAGGAGACGGAACCCUUUUUCUAAUGGACCAACGUUUGAUUUGGAUGGUUGAAAAUAGAGAUACUGUAGCAGUCUCACAUCUUUAUGAAGAUAUAAAAUCUCAGAAAAUUUCCCCUGAAGGUAAAGCGAAAAUUCAGCUUCAGGUUGUUUUACACAAUGGUGUUUCUUCAACUUUCCAUUUUACAAAUUCAAAGGGAUUACCAGCUCAAGUCGCAGAUAGGGAUAAGGUCAAGGAAAUGCUUCAAAGCCUGUUACCGAAGUUUAAAAAAAAAAUGGACAGGGAACUUGAAGAGAAAAAUAGAUUGUUGAUGUCGAAUCCUGCCCUACUACAAUUAUAUAAGGAUUUAGUUAUGCCUGAAGUUAUAACUUCUGAAGAGUUUUGGAGUCAACAUGCUGUCAAAUAUACUCAAAAUCAGAAACAGCAGCCACAAGAAAUUGGUGUUUCUGGAGCCUUUUUAGCAGACAUUAAACCACAAACUGAUGGCUGUAAUGGGCUUAAAUAUAAUAUAACUCCUGAUAUUAUAGAAUGUAUCUUCAAGACAUAUCCAGCAGUAAAGAAGAAGUUUAUUGAUAAUGUUCCUUCAAAAAUGUCAGAAUCUCAAUUUUGGACAAAAUUCUUCCAGUCUCACUACUUUCAUAGGGAUAGAAAAUAUGCAGAAAGCAAGGACAUAUUUACAGAAUGUGGAAAAAUAGAUGAUCAAGAAAUGAAAAGAGAUAUUCAGAGAGGGGUCGAUGACCCAUUAGUUAAUAUCACAGAAUUUGAGGAUAAAACUUUAGAUGAAGCUUAUGGAACCUCUACUGAAAGAAGUACAGUAAAUAGUGGAACAGUUAGUCAAGCUAUGAUUAAACGCUUCAAUCAACAUUCAAUUAUGGUAUUGAAAGCAAAUAAAAAUAAAGCAAGUGAAGUUAAUUCACAAAGUGGUACCGAAAAUAACUCAAAACCAACUAAUGGUAUGGCAGUAAGCAAUAAAGAUAAAACUAUACUAAGUGAAAGUAUUGAGCCAGCAAAAAAGAAACAAAAAAUACUGGAGAAAAUUACUUAUGAAGAUUUAGAUUCAGAGGAUAAAAACAAAAAUAAUUCAAGCAUACAAUUGAAUCUUUCCAAGGUUGAAAGGUAUCUUCAUGGUCCAAUGCCUGAUACAAUAAUAGAACAUAUAAAUCCAAAUGAGGGCUCUUCCAUAUUGAGGUCAGUUUUUCAGGAAGCUAAACAGUGGAAUGUAAGUCAGACUAGACAUUCGUCGAACAGUCUAGUCAGUCCUGCUGCAGCUGUUGGGGCUUUGGGAGAACUUUCACCUGGUGGUGCCCUCAUGAGGGGUUUCCAAGAACAAUCUUUAGCACAAUUGGUACCACCAAACAUUGAAACUGAGCUGAGGAAUCUAUAUUUGGCUCUUUGUGAAUUAUUGAAUCACUUCUGGAAAUGCUUUCCAGCGACUCAACCUAAUCAGGAAGAGAAAGUUAUGAAAAUGCAUGAAGCAUUACACAGAUACCAUACUGCCAAAUUGAAGCCAUUUGAGGAUAAAUUGAUCAGGGAGCUUUCACCUCUUUCACAUCACCUAACCAAACAUUUGAAUCAGCUACUGAAUGCAGCUUACCAGAAAUAUAGUAAUUGGCAAAAAUUAAAACAUCGAUGAGCUUACUUGAAAGCCACCCAACAUGAAACAUGAAAGUAAAUGACAAUGGAAACAGAGGGCAAUAUUCAGGAUUAAUAUCCUGUUGAUAAGUGUGUUGAUCUGUUGAUUCAUUCAAUUUGUAUAUUUAUUUGAAAGUUGUCUUAUUAUUAUUCAUAUUGAAUGAAAACUGAAAUGAAUUUUUCAAUAUUUGUUAUGAGAAAUGAAAUAAAUCGGUAAUCUUUUUAUA